AUGCUGACAGAGCUCAGCCAGGGCUACUUUCAGCCGAAUGUGGGAGGAGAGACUAUUCCUGUGGCUCAAGGAGAGCUGUCAGACCUGGCAGGAGACGAACCACUCUUCAAAGCCCUGUACCAGUGGUUCCUGGACAGCGGAGGCGUCUACAAGCUAGCAUUUGGGCCGAAGGCGUUCAUCGUCGUCUCGGAUCCAGUCGUGGUCAGGCAUCUCCUCAAGGAGAAUGCGUUCAAUUAUGACAAGGGCGUGCUGGCGGAGAUCCUGGAGCCCAUAAUGGGCAAGGGGCUGAUCCCAGCCGAUCUGGAGACGUGGAAGCCGCGGCGGCGCGCCAUCGUGCCGGCCUUCCACAAGGCCUACCUGGAAACCAUGGUUGCCAUGUUUGGCGCCUGCACCCAGGAGACUAUCCGCAGCCUCGACGCCCUCACUGCUGACGGCGAGGGGCAGACUGAUAUGGAGGAGGUCUUCCUGAGCCUGGGGCUGGACAUCAUCGGACUGGGGGUGUUCAACUAUGACUUCAAUUCCAUCACCAAGGAGUCCCCAGUCAUCAAGGCUGUGUACGGAGUGCUGAAAGAGGCGGAGCACCGCUCGACGUUCUACAUCCCCUACUGGAACAUCCCCAUCACCAAGUACAUUGUGCCACGUCAGCGCAAGUUCAACGCUGACCUGGCGGUGAUCAAUGCCUGCCUGGAUGACCUCAUCGCGCAGGCCAAGCAGACGCGCCAGGCCGAUGAUGUGGAGGCGCUGCAGGCCAGGGAUUACUCCAAGGUGCGAGAUCCUUCGCUGCUGAGAUUCCUGGUGGACAUGCGCGACGCUGACCUGUCGGACAAGCAGCUGCGCGACGAUCUCAUGACCAUGCUCAUCGCGGGGCACGAGACGACCGCAGCCGUGCUGACCUGGACGCUCUUCGCGCUGCUGACUCACCCCUCCGCCUACGCCAAAGUCCUGGCUGAGAUCGACUCCGUGCUCGGCGACAAAACCCCCAGCAUUGAAGACAUGCGGGCGAUGCCGUACGUGCGGUGUGCGCUGGCGGAGUCUCUGCGCAUGUACCCGCAGCCGCCCAUCCUCAUACGCCGCGCGCUCUCCGACGACGUGCUGCCGGCACCGUUGGGGGGCGACUCCUCCGGCUACCCCAUCGGCAAGGGCGCCGACAUCUUCAUCUCCAGCAGCAGUGGUACGAUCAUGUUCCAAUCAUUGCACAGGUCGCCGCACCUGUGGAAGGACCCGGACACGUUCAGGCCGGAGCGCUUCUCGGAGACCAACAGCAACCCGGCCUUUAACGGCGCGUGGGCGGGCUACCGGCCGGAGGCGCAGGGCAGCAGCUUCUACCCCAACGAGGUGGCGUCUGACUUCGCGUUCAUCCCCUUUGGCGGGGGCGCGCGCAAAUGUGUGGGCGAUCAAUUCGCUCUGCUGGAGGCCACCGUCGCUCUCACCAUGCUCCUGCGGCGAUUCACAUUUGAUUUCGUUGAGGGGCCGGAGAGCGUGGGCAUGGCGACAGGGGCCACGAUCCACACUGCAAAUGGCCUGCAGGUCAGGGUGCAGCGGAGGGAUGUGGGUGUGACCCCUGCCGGUGCAGAGUCACAAGAAGUCGCAGUCCCUGUGUGA